UCUUCUUCUUUCACACCGUAAUAUGACCACACUCUUAACCUUCACACACCACCAUUCACGGUUAUGAAUCCCACACAACCUCAACCUCAACCACAACCACCGCCACUGUUACCACCAACACAACAACAACAACAACAACCACCGUCGCAACCACACCGUCCUUCCUCCUCCUGCGACCGCCACCCACAGGAGAACUUCACCGGCUUCUGCCCCUCAUGCCUCUGCGAACGCCUCGCCGUACUCGAUCCCAACUCCACCUCUUCCACUUCCACCUCCCGCAAGCCACCCACUUCCUCCGCCGCCGCCGCCGCCCUUAAGGCCAUCUUCCGACCCUCCGCCGCCGCACGCGGCAACAGCCGGCCACCGACCUCUUCUUUCAUCCCCGAGCUCCGCCGCACCAAGUCCUUCUCCGCCUCCAAAAACGAGGGCUUCUCCGGCGCCUUCGAGCCCCAGAGAAAAUCCUGCGACGUUAGGGUUCGCAGCACCCUCUACUCCCUCUUCAACCAGGACAACGAACGCAAAAUCUCGAAGAAUGAUGGCUCCCGCGUCGCCGCCGGCGAGGUCGAAACAAGGAACCUAGCUUCAUCUUCCUCCGUUGUUCAGGUACCAGUCAUCGAGUCAGAGGAAGAAGAAAACGUCGUCGUUUUGGAGGAGGACGAGGACGAAGACGAGAUUAGGGUUUUGGAAGAACCAGAACCAGAACCAGCACCAGAACGAGAACGAGAAAGAGAGCCACACAAUGUCGUUGCAUUGGGCAAUGUGAUUGAGGAGAGGGUUCAAGAAAUUGUAGAAGAGGAGCCAGAAGCGGAACCAGAGUUAGUUGUUGGAGAAGAAGAGUUUUUGAAGCCGAUGAAAGAGCACAUCGAUCUGGAUUCGCAAGCGAAGAAGAGUUCCGUUCGAGAUUUCAAAGAAAUUGCAGGGAGUUUCUGGUCAGCAGCAUCGGUUUUCAGCAAGAAGUUGCAGAAAUGGAGACAGAAGCAGAAGAUGAAGAAGCAGCGUUGUAGAAACGGCGCCGUUGUGGGUUCUGCCACUCUGCUUCCCGUUGAGAAGCCAAUCGGCCGCCAAUUCAGGGAGACACAGUCGGAGAUCGCCGACUACGGCUUCGGCCGGCGAUCUUGCGACACCGAUCCGAGGUUCUCACUGGAUGCCGGCCGGAUGUCGUUUGACGAUCCCCGGUACUCGUUCGAGGAGCCAAGGGCUUCCUGGGACGGUUACUUGGCCGCGGCAAGGACUAUUCCAAGGAUGCCUACAAUGCUGUCUGUGGUGGAAGAUUCUCCAGUGGUGCCAGUUACGAGGAUCGAUGCUCAGAUUCCAGUGGAGGAACCGAUGAACGCCAUCAAUGAGAAUGAGGAUGAGACACUUCCUGGUGGUUCUGCUCAGACCAGGGAGUAUUACUCUGAUUCUUCCUCUAGGAGGAGGAAGAGCCUUGAUAGGUCUAGUUCCAUAAGGAAGACUGCAGCUGCGGUUGUGGCAGAAAUGGAUGAGUUGAAGCCUGUUUCAAGUGUUACCAAUUCCAAUGCUAAGGUGACUCCUGCUAGUGCUGCUGAUUACUUCCAUGGGCAGAAGAUGGUUUUACCUGAUAGAGAUUUGAGGGAUUCCAAUUCCAAUUCAUUGAGAGAUGAUUGUUCUGAGACUUUUGAAGUGGGGUUUAGAGAUACUGCUUCUGUGAUUGGGAAUAAUGGUGAUCGGAAAGGGUCUAAAAAGUCGAGCAGGCGGUGGAGCAAGGCGUGGAACAUUUGGGGUUUGAUACACCGGCGAGGAGGAGGAGGAGGAGGGAACAAAGAUGAGGAUGAGGAUAGUAGGUAUAGUAGAGGUAAUGGCAAUGGGGUGGAGCGUUCUUACUCGGAAUCGUGGCAGGAGUUUAGAGGGGAAAGGAAUGGGGAUGCUAGAGGUGGUGGUUUCAAUCGCAAGGUGUUGAGGAGUAAUAGCAGUGUGAGUUGGAGAAAUGCACAGAGCAUAGGUGGACCAUUUGGCAAUCUGAGGAAGAAUGAUGUUCAGGCUAAUGGGCAUGGAAGGAAGGCCAGGGAUGAGUUUGUAUUGGAAAGGAACCGCAGUGCAAGGUACUCUCCUAACAACAUGGACAAUGGUCUCUUGCGGCUCUACCUGACGCCUACGCGAGGCGGCCGGAGAAAUGGGUCGGGGAAAGGUAGGUCGAACCAGGCACAUUCUAUUGCAAGAAGCGUACUUCGGUUGUAUUAAAAUUGAAGUUCCAUAAGGUGUUCUUUGGUUUGAUGUUGUUAGAUUUGCUGCAAUUUGUUGUGUAAACCACACAUGCCUAUGUAUUCUUGAUGGUUGG